GCUGAGGUGGCCGUGUUCUUUAAGGGCUCUUUAAUACGGAGUAAAAUAACGGUCUGCUCUGAAGCGGUUUCCCGAUGAUACUACUUGAACCGUAGUGGUUUGUGAUGAAAAGCACGACAUACGCGCCGUACCUCCUGUUAGCGUGUGUGCCACACCACAGCUGUUCUUCAGUAACCAAUUUUUCAGGUUCAGUAUUCUCUACUCUCAGCUACUUCUGGAAAUUCUAACAAGUAAUAAAUUGCCUAAAAGGAAGAUAGAAAAGUUUUUGAAAAAGAGAAACAAGGGGCCGAGGUAAUUCACAAAGCAGACCCGCAAUUCAGCGCCCAAGUAAGUUGAGGCAGUAGGAACUCGGUCUCAGGGCCGGGAGGGGAGUUAAGGCACCAUGAAGAUGUGCCCAGAGAUUCUUGAACUCCAGCUAGCGUAGACGACGCUCUUUAUUCAGAAAUGUGCUGUAUUUCAUUGCCUCUCCUCCACCCACCUUCAUUUUUCAGCUCUUGUGGGAACUGUAACAAGUCAGCAAGUGGGCAUACAUGGGAAAUGUUGCCUCUUGCUUUAUGGUUCUAUGAAGGCAGUGUCUGGCCUUCCUUGUGGGAUUCUAGCAGCGACAUCAAUCAAUAUCUAAAUUCCACUUUCCUCGGCCGGCCCCACCACCCCAUGUGGGUGGUGGAUUUUUUAAUGUUGAAAUUUGGCAACCCAUUCCAGGUCCAACUAUCAGGAUGCUAAGGAUGCAAGAGAUCUUUAUCUGUGUCUCAGACUUGGAUGGUGUAGAAAUGCGAAGUGCCUCUGUUUUGUUGAGCUCAUGUUGUUUUGCAGUCACCCCUGCAAUGCCACUAGUCCAUCUUCCUUCUGACUUAGUUGUGAGUUUUAAAGCCAGCUAUUUCUGUGCUCAUAGUGUUAUACAUGUUUGCUGAGUGAACACAUGAUAGAAUGACAACAGUGGUCUUCCCGUCACAGAGGCCUGAAGCCUGGCUCAUCUUUGCCAACUCCUCUGCCUGUCCUCCGUAUCCAGACCCUCAGGAGACCUCACGAAGGGGAAGGAAAGAUGAUAGUGCUGUGGCUCAGACGUGAGGAGGAGAGUUACAGAGAAAGAGGGAGAUACAGAAGGAGAGAUCUUGCAUCUGCUGGUUCAUUCCACAAAUGGCUGCAACUACUGGAACUGAGCCAAUAGGAAGACAGGAGCCUCUUCCAGGUCUCCCACAUGGGUACAGGGGCCCAAGGACUUGGGCCAUCUUCCACUGCUUUCCCAGGCCACAGCAGAGAGCUGCAUUGGAAGAGGAGCAGCUGGGACAUGAACUGGCGCCCGUAUGGGAUGCUGGCACUGCAGGCAGAGGCUUAGCCUACUAUACCAUGGCCCCAAUAAAUAUCUUUAAAAAACAAACAAGCUGUGAGCUUGUUUCAGAGUUCACCUCUGAAACGAGUCCUCAAGGUCAAGGUCUCCAGCACCAUGUUCCGACCACAUCAGAGCACCGACUCUUUGUCUCCUCCUGGGCUGGGGUGCUCUCAGGCCAGGGGCGGGGCUCACCCUGCUCUGCUCCUUCCUCUCCUGGCCACUUUCCUUUGCAGUUACCCCAGUCCUCCACCCUGCUCCGGGAAGUUGGAGGAUGACAGACAGGAGACUCCUCGGGGGACUCUCAGAUGUGUCACGGGUGGCAGUUGGUGAAGGUCUGACUGAUGGGGCAGCGUCUUCCCUGCCCGGGAGACACCAGUGGCUUCAUCCCUCCCCCUCAGCAGGCCUCUGUGCAGCAGGGGCUGCUCCUUGCACCAAGCCCGGAGCGUCAGUUCACGCGCCGUCUGCGCUGGUUCUGGCUGCAGCCCAGCUUCUGUGCCGCGUCCCCCCGCCUCCAACCCCACCCAGCCCACAGAUAUCUGCUGUGAGCCUCCCAGCCUUCACUCAGCCGGGGGAUGGCUCUCCAGGAAGUGUGUGAGUGGCAGGCUCCUGACACCCAGGCGCUGGUGCCUCACCUGCCGCGGACUGGCAGCUGGGCUGUGCCUAGGGGCUGCGAUCCCCAAACCUUCCUGCAGACCCACGGCCCACAGCUGGCCCACGGCACCACCACCCUGGCCUUCCGCUUCCGCCACGGGGUCAUCGCCGCGGCUGACACGCGUUCUUCCUGUGGCAGCUACGUGGCCUGCCCAGCCUCACGCAAGAUCAUCCCCGUGCACCAGCACCUGCUGGGCACCACCUCGGGCACCUCUGCGGACUGUGUCACGUGGUACCGGGUGCUACAGAGGGAGCUGCGGCUGCGGGCCCUGAGGGAGGGCCAACUGCCCAGUGUGGCCGGUGCAGCCAAGCUCUUGUCGGUCAUGCUGUCCCGCUACCGGGGGCUGGAUCUGUGUGUGGCCACUGCCCUGUGUGGCUGGGACCGCUCUGGCCCUGCCCUCUUCUACGUCUACAGCGAUGGCACGUGGCUGCAGGGCGACAUCUUCUCGGUAGGCUCGGGGUCUCCCUAUGCCUACGGCGUGCUAGACCGUGGCUACCGCUACGACAUGGGCAUCCAGGAGGCCUACGCCCUGGCUCGCUGCGCCGUGGCCCACGCCACCCACCGCGAUGCCUACUCCGGGGGGUCUGUUGACCUUUUCCACGUGCGGGAGAGUGGAUGGGAGUAUGUGUCACGCAGUGAUGCCUGUGUGCUGUACACGCAGCUGCAAAAACUCCCAGAGCCAGAGCCUGCGGAGGAGGAAGGGGAGGCCAGCCAGGCCCACCCUGAGCCUGCCACUCCCCACAGAGCUGGGGGAGGCAGGGGACUCUCUGCGGGGCCAGGGGAGGCGACACCAGGAGACUUCAGGAUGCCAGCAGAGACUGAGAGGCUGUGAGAAGUGGCAGCACUUGGGGCAACGGAGGCCUGGGGCAGCAGGGGCAGGGCCCCUCCAAGAAGAGGCUCCCAGCAUUUGGUUCCAGCCGUCUGAUCCACAGCUCUGCCUGUCUGCCCCAGAGCUUACUGAUGAGUUACGCUCCUGUUGUGCUCUGUGUCUUGGUCCAGCCUGCUGCAGGCCUGCGGCAUGCCAGGGGCUACGUGCUCUUUCCUCGCCGUGCCAUGCACGAUCUCACCUCCUCCUCCAUCUUGGCCCUCCAUGCUUACUUCUCCAGGUCACUGUCGCACCUGAGAGGGCAGCCGUGCCUCUCAGAAGGAGGUGGCAUGGGGGGCUGGGAGCCAUGGAGACGGCUGUGGCGAGUGCCGACAGGCUUGGCUCAUGUGCUCGCCACCUCUGCCUGGCCGGUGACUACUAUUCACUACCUGGUGACUGCACACAGUUCUCACGACAGUGCUGUGAGGCCCGAACACUCCCCACGUUGCAGAAGAGGAACCUGGAAAGGGCUCUGAGCCCUGCCCCAGUCCCGUGGCAAGAGGUAGGGACGAGGGUCAGGCCCAGGCCUCCUCCACCACAGUCCGGGCUCUACUGUGCGGUGUCCCCUCCCAUUCUGCCGGGCCAGACAUGGAGGGAGGGUCGCUGGGCCAAGCCCCGCCUGGUAGCCGGGGAUGAACGGACGCUGAAGAGUCCUGGGGCUUGGAGUGGUGAGCUUGGGGCAGCUGCUGCCCGGUUACACUUGGCUGUAUCUGCCGGGACCCACUGUGCUCGCUGGACUUUGGGGCCCGGUCUGGUCGCUGGCACACCUCUUCCUCCGUUCUUCCAUUCGCUUCUCUCUGGUUGCUGUUUCCUGCUGCUCCCCUGGAGAAUGAAGAGAGAAUGAAGGAGGCAGAGGCGGUGGGCGCUUUCUGCCAGCACCUCCUCCCCUGCCUCCCUGGUCCUCCUCCUGCCACCUGGAAGUCACCCCCCACCCCCAGGUUGACAGCUCCAGGAGGGCCUGCAGCCCCUCUCCUGGGCCGGGUUGGCCUACUUGGGGCCUGAAGUGAGGUUCCUGUCACUUCUUUCUCUUUCCUCCUGCUCCAAAAGCUUCCACUCUUGGGAGUCACAACCCCUUCUCUCCCUCAGCAGGGACUAGCCAGACCCUGGGACACCUCUGGACCCUGGCUCUGAGGGUGACUGGGGACAAGGGAUGAAGGGUCAGGGAGCCCAAGACAGGAAAGCAGUGGGGACAGGGAGGGGGGGAUCGUGGUGGGGAACCCGGAUACAGGGGGACUCGCCUUCAAGCCCCAGCCAGGGGAUCCUGCUGGGGCCUCUGCUGCAGCCCUUCUUCACCCUGUGCCCACACCCCAGGCUCAGGGGAAGAGGUGGGGGACUCAGGGUCAGGGGCCCCUGGGAUAGCCUGGUUUGAGGGGAGUACAAGAAGAAGUGUUUGAUGGGCUCAGGCAAAGAGUGUGGCCAGGAGUGUGUGUGCACAGAGUAUGGGUUUGUGUCCAGGUGCUGGUGACCCAGGAUGGGGGGUGUGUGCCUGCCGGGGGCAAGUGCAUGUGUGUGGUUCCCGCGUGCGCAGAGACCAGAAAGCAGACUGGAUGAGAAUGAGCAACGCCUGAGUAGGGACAGCAGGGAUGAUCAGGGAGAACCUCAGCCGCCUCACUGCAUGCUGCCGCCGGAGCCCAGCCCAGGGUGUGCAGUGAGCUUCCCGCAGGUGCUCUGUGCCCCUUCCCUUCCCAGACUGGAGGAUGGCUGAAUGAGCAGAGAGGGCGCCCCCUCUUCUUGCAUCUGUGCCCCACUCCCCCUCCUUUCCUUGCCCGCUCUCUCCCUCCCGUUGCCAGGCCCUGCCCUUGCAGUGAUGACGUGUUUGAGGUGGAGACAAGUCCGCAGGUCCUGCUGACACGCUUUCCUCCUUGAGGUUUCUAACGAGAUGGGCGAGGACCAUAUGAAGGUAUUAGGGACAGGCAGAGGCCGACGUCACGUUCCUGUGGCCGCCCCCCCCCACUACCCGAGAGUGACCCGUUGGUCCUUUCCUGUGCCGAGGUCUUGCCCUGCGUGCCUGGCACUGGAAGUCCUCGUGCCCACUGAUGCCCUGCUUGGGGCACUGUCUCCUCAGUCUCGGAUGGCCUUGGGGGAUAGACAGCCUACUCUUUUUUUUUUUUUUUUUUGACAGGCAGAGUGGACAGUGAGAGAGAGAGACAGAGGAAAGUCUUCCUUUGCCGUUGGUUCACCCUCCAAUGGCCGCCGCAGCUGGUGCGCACUGCACUGAUCCGAUGGCAGGAGCCAGGUACUUAUCCUGGUCUCCCAUGGGGUGCAGGUCCCAAGCACUUGGGCCAUCCUCCACUGCACUCCCUGGCCACAGCAGAGAGCUGGGACAGAAUCCGGCGCCCCAACCGGGACUAGAACCUGGUGUGCCGGCACCGCAAGACGGAGGAUUAGCCUAGUGAGCCGUGGCCCCAGCCUACUCUUACAAAGGCCCUUGGACUAACUGGGGCCAGAGUUCCAGCUCCAGUACUGGGGUGGGGGCCUCGUUGUCCUGCCACUGGUUUGCCCUAACCAAGCAAGGUGUGGAAGGUGUGAGAAGGCACAGUCCCGUUGGAAUGGCCACUGCCAGCACCUCCCACUUGGAAGGGGGGUCACGGGCAGGCUGACCUGCUCCUGGGUCUCUUGGAGUCCCUCCAGCAGGCAGGAGCCCCGUUAUUCUGCUUACCCCCGGGCGGUAGUGUUCUGGAGACGCUGCCACCCCCGCUGACUCUGAUUCUGCCCCUCAACAUCCCCCUUCCCACCCUGCUCUCUUCCCUUGGUGCCCUACAAAGACUAAGAAGACCUCGGACUGGGAGGAGAAUUAAAGGUGGGAGCAGUGGGCCCAGAUUGUGUCUGUCUCAUUCAGGACCACCCUUUCCCCAGGGGGCACUAUAGACCCCAGGAAAUGCUGGCCUGGCCCCCUGCUGCCUGCCACCUACACUGCUCCCCAGGCCCCCCCCCCCCCCCCGCCCCGGUCUUCCUCCUCUCUUCUCUGUGGCUCUCAGCCUCCCCCUUGCCAAGUGCCCCCAUCUCACUCUCCUUGGACAGUCUAAGGGAAGUUGGAAAGUCCAGUCAUCUCCUUACUCCCCAAAUGCGUGUACCCAAAUCCAAGAAUGGAGAGACCUGAGCGCCCACACACAGGCAAGGCUCCAGCUUUACAAAAUAAAGUGUUUGUUUAUUAUGAAAUUAGAGAUGGAGGCCCCUCCCCUUCCUCCCUCUUUCCCCUUCCCCAGCUGCCUCCCCCUUUUCUGCCCCUCCCCUUUUCCCUGGGGCCUGGGAAGCACACAAGACAAUGCCCAGAGCUGGGAUGCCCAGGGCAGGCGGACAGCUGGGCAGAGCUCCAGGGAGGCGGCCGUGGCAGGGCUGGAGCUCUGGCCCUGGGAGGCGGGCUAGCUCCCUCUCUCUGCUGGAGACCGUGGAGCCAGGAUGAGGCCAUGAGUGAUGGAUGGAACCAUGCGGGCAGGUCUGUAAGGACAGGAGCGGAAGAGGGGUUCAGAGGCCUGGGUGGGGGAGGGACUCUCCCUCCCCUCCUAGUAAGUGUCCAGGGCCACUGACCUGGGGCACAGCAUCCCCUGCGGGAGGGUGGGCAGCAGUGGCUAGACGUCUCUCUUGCUUUUGGGAUGAACAACAGAAAAAAAAAAACCAAAAACCAAAAAGCCAGUCACAGG